AUGGGCAAGUUAUCAUCGAAAAAACGUGGACGGGUAAAUAGAUAUAAGAACAAUGUUAACAAAAACUCCGAACACGAAUACCAAGUCGAAGCAAUCGUGGACAAACGUGUUCAUGGAAAAAAAAUCGAAUAUCUUUUAAAAUGGCAAGGUUACUCAAGUACAGAUAAUACCUGGGAAGAUGUCAGUCGUUUGAACUGUCCAGAUUUAAUACGGGAAUUCGAAGAGCGAUCAAAAGUCAAGAAUAAUCAACGAAAAUCAUCUCCACGAAAACGAUCAACAUCAACCAAAGCUAAGAAUACAAAUAUGCAUGAAACUGAUGAAGAUUAUCGAAGCGAUACAGAUCAAUCGAUGGAUACAGAGAAUGAUGUUGAAUCGACUGGAAAUUACGAAGAUACUCGAAUGGCUACACGUAACAGUCCACGGAAAAAAGUCAAUACUGACAGUUCAAUGGAGGAUUCAUCAUCAUCAUCUCGCCGCCAUUCUAGUCGGAAAACUGCCGAUCAAACCAAAACUCGUAUAACAACAAUGUAUCAAAGUACAGACAACAACAAUGAUGAAGUUGAUAAUGUUAUAGAAGAAAUAGUUCCACCAAGUCCAAAGCGAAAGAAAACAUCGAAUGAAAAACCGAUAUUAGUUCUUGAGGAGACGAAGUUUCCAAAUGAAAUUGCUUCUCCUCAAAAGACACCAACGAGAGAAUGCAAUGUGAGUGAGCCGACAACAAUUAAUCUCUGUCUUCACAUCUCGCCAAGUUCAAGCUCAUCGAUUUCGGUAGCAUUGAAUGAUAAUGAUAACAAUAACAAUCCCAGUGGCAAAGUUUCUACAAAUAUUCAAACAUCGGAACAGGACAUCGAUGAAAGUGAUCGAGUGGAUAAGAUUGAAGCUGUUCGUUAUGCUCGCGAUGAAAUCGCCUUCCGCAUCAAAUUAAUCAACGAAAAUCGUUCGCAAUGGAUCUCAGCUCGAGUAGCCAAUCGAAAAUAUCCUCAAGCAAUCAUUGCCUUCUGGGAAAAUCAUGUCCAAUUCAUCUAA